AUCGAUUCUCUCUCUCGUUUUUCUAUCGAUUUUAAGUGUAUAGCGAAUUCAAUAUGGCUUCAUUGAAGAUCAGAAAUUCAAAUCAUCUAUCAGCACAAUGUGAUUUAAUUGCAUCAUACAUGGAUGGAGUACAUGUUAAAAUUGCAGAGGCCUAUAAACCUCCAAGAAAAAUAUGUUUACCAGCUGCAUAUAAUAAUAAACUACCAGAUGUAUCCAAAUUAACUUAUGAUUUUAAUUUGGAACGAUCAGUACUUGAAAAGAUGACAGAAUGGCGUAAUGUUAGACAAGUAAAUAACAAAGCUCGGCAUGCACGAUUAGAUGAGAAAAGGAAGAAACAAAAAACUGAAUUUUCACCUCCACCACCACCUCCAUUGCCUGAUACUACAAAGCCUAUAAAUGCACCUGUACCUGAAACAACAAUUCUUACUCCACAGCCUUUAUCUCCACCUGCCAAUGAUCUUCAAGAUCAUGUGAAAGCAAAUGGUCUUGAUUAUGCUGAUUUUGAUAAUGAUACAAGCAGUCCAUUUGAUAAUAUGGAAUUAAAAACAAUUAACGAAAUGGAAGAACUUGCUCAGGUAUUACAGCCUACAUCUCAAUGGAUACCAUCAGCAAAAUUAGAAAGUUUAUUGAAUGAUUUAAGUGUUAAUGAUAAGUCGAAAAUUCAUGCACAAGAAAAAAAUGAUAAUGUCAAAAAUGAAACGAUUGACCAAGAACAAAUUAAUGAACAAGAGAAUGUCAAACAUCGUAGUGUAUCUGCGAUUGUACAAGAACUUCAAAGAGAUUUAAAAAGACCACUCAUGGAGGAUUGGAAACCUUGGCCAAAUUUAGAAAGUCCCGACACUAGCACUCAUGAAACAUUAAAGCAAGAAGAACCUAUGGUAACAAAUCAAGUUGCUAUUAUGAAUUUAUUAUUGGAUUUAACAGAGGAAGAUAAAAAAUUAGCUCGGCAUUUGAGCGACAUGGGAUUUCCUUUAUCAAGAGCUGCCCGUGCUAUACGCGAAUUAGGUGGUCAAGAUAAUAAAAAAAUUGUAGAAUAUUUAUUGGCUGUGCAAGCUUUAGAAGAAAUCGGAAUUUCUGGAGAAGAUGCUGAAAAAGCUCUUGCUCUUACAGAAUACAAUCAAGAAAAAGCCAAAAUUUAUUAUGAAAAUCUAUGUGUCUUACGAGAUUUAGGUUUCCCUGAAGAAAAGGCAUCUACUGCACUUUUAAAAUGUAAUAUCGAUCGCGAUAGAGCUUUAGAUUUCCUAAUAGCGUAAAUAUAGAAUUUUAUAAAAAAUAAUUAUUAGAAUGGUCUAAACAAAUCUUUUACUGCACAAAAAGUAAAAAUUUAACAUGUAAAAUAAUUAAAAAUUAAUAUCUUAAAGAAAUAUUAUAUUAUUUUAGAAAGUUAUAUAAUAAAUAAAAUAACUAAUUUUUUUGUAUGGUGGGAGUGCAAAGUACUAGCCAUUGUAAGAUAAAAUAAUAUGUAAAUGUUUUGAUAUUGGAAGAUUGAUACAAAGCUUUUUACUCUGAUUUAAAACAUUAAACUUUUAUUUUUUUAACGCAAUUUAUUUACAGAAUUAUUUAAUAAAAUAUCAUUAAUUUAUACAAUGCCAAGUAUGCCUGAUGGUCAUAUUGGAAUGUUUAGAAAAUUCAGCUGCACAUCUGAAAAAUUAAAACCAUUAUCAUACAUGGAUCUAUAUAUAAUACUCAUCUUACCUUUUACAACAACACAAUGCAACUGUUGUUAUAGACUCUGUGUAAUGGCUAACACCAACGAUAAUCCAAGCUUCUGUAAAUAUUGGUUGUUGACAUUGAAAAUUCACACAAAUACUAGUUGGACCAUUCAUUAGCAAAUUACACGAAACAUUAAAAUCAAGUUUCUGAUAAUUUUUUAUUGCAAUUGGUUCAUAUUGAACAUUUAUGCUUAUAGGCGAUACAGAAAUAUCAAGUGUAUGUUUAUAUCUAAAAUUCAGUAUCAAUCAGACAAUAUAUUCUUAGAAUACCAAAUGAUAUUAGAAAUCUAAGUUUGGUAAAAAUAAGCAAUUACCUUUCAGUAUAAACUUUUCUUAAAGCUAACUCCCAUAAAGAGAUAACUUUAUUUUCAUGUAUAUUAUGAACUUUUAAAAGCUGGCGUGGUAAAUCAAUCAUGAGAUCAGUAUCUUUUUCAUGUAAAGCAUCUAUUUUUAUCUUUAAUUUUAUAUUUGUAUAUAAUGUAUUGUUCUCACAAUGGGUUGUAAAACAUCUGUGAUUGUAUAUAUUUAUAGAUUCAAUAACAAAUGCAAAUAAAUUUGUUUUAAAGGAUUUUAACAUA